AUGUCCGACCAAGUGCAAGAAAUCCUCGACGUCCCUCGCGAGUUCCUCAAGGACGGCAUCCAGUUCAUCCACAAGGCCCAGAAGCCCGACCAGAAGGAGUUCCUCAAGAUCUCGCAAGCCGUUGGCGUCGGUUUCCUCAUCAUGGGCGCCGUCGGCUACUUCGUCAAGCUCAUCCACGUUCCCCUUAACAACAUCCUCGUUGGUGGCGCGUAAAUCUGCUUUUUCGAACGGGAGAUGAUUGGCCGGGAGAAGGGAAGGACACGAACGACAGAGACGAGAUACCAAUAAACCGAAUCAACGGGGACCGGGAUCGAGUCCAGUGCAACGAUACGUAAUCAAGACGCGAUGCAUUCACGGCGGGAGCAGUCAUGAUACCACACAUGAUUGGGAACAUGCGAGAUAGGGACAAGGCGGGCGCAAAGAUAUCCAUACAUAUUUCAUCAGGUGUUUCGGCGGGCGAUGGCGGCGGAACAAAACACUCAAUAAAACCUUUCUGGUCAUUAAUAAUUUUGCUCUAGCUAAGGAUGCAACGUAGGGGCGCAAUUGUACAAAAGUUUCUCAAUGCAAGAUCGAAACAGGGAUCUAUCAUGGUUUCGCGAACCCCAUGACAGCAUACCGGAAGCUGCCAUUGGCAUACCCUCUCCUCAUGGCACGGAAUGCUUGCAGAAAGGCAAUGCCAUCUCUGCCUUGGCUGAAAGCAAACGCCCACAAGGACGGGUUCUGGAUCAACGACCAAGAAAUAUCCCUACACCAUUGUGUUAGCAACCAACCUCCUCGAGACUAUUCUGUGCAGGAAACUUACCAUGUCUUCUUCACCUCCUGACUGAUAUCCUUCGGUCCCCCCACAACCUCCAGCCCGACCUCCUUCGCAAACUGCACAUAUCCAUUCAACGUGCACAUUGGCGGCAGCAGCAUCCCAUCCUCAAUCGGCUUAAUAUCCGCAUCAAACUGCUCCUGCGUCAAGCCCUCAUCCUUGAACCAAUCCGCCAGCACCAGUUUCCCGCCUGGUUUCAGCACAUCAAACGCAUUCCUGAAAAAGAGAUCCUUCUUGGGGAAGUGAGAGAGCGCUUCUGAGAUCCAGACAAUGUCGAACUUGUCGUCCGGGCCGGUGAAGUAGCUCCCGAGGGUUUCGGCGUCGAGCUCGAUGAAGCGGACUUUGCCGGGGCCGAAGGGGAUGUACUCCCCGUCUGGGUACUGCUUGUUGCUGCUGUCGGAGAGCUUUUUGGCGCUUUGGACCUGCUUGCUGGAGAUGGUGAUGCCCGUCACGUGGGCGGCUAGCUCGCGGGCGAGGAAGCGGGAGGUACCGCCUAUUCCGCAGCCUACGUCGAGGAUCUUGAGGGGUGGUGAGGUUGGGGCGGGGGAGGUGUGGAUUUGGGAGGUUUCUAGGAGGAGGCGGAUGAGGUUGAUUUGGGCUUCUUCUUUUGGGAGGUCGGGGGAGGAGGGGGGCCAGUAUCCGUGGUGGAUGUGUUCGCCCCUGGGGGGGUUUGUUAGUGAGUGUCGUGACAAUGUAAGGAAAGUAUUUAUGAGCUGGAGAUGUACCAGAGGUUCAAGUAGUAGUCGCUUGCUAGGUCGUAGUGAAGCCUGAUGCGGUCUUUGAGCUCCUGCAUGGUUGUGUGGGCAAGUCCGAGAGGGGUGUCAUAUUGCUUGCUGAGAGAGGUCGUCUCCUGCUCACUUGAUUUUCCCUCACCAGUGAUGUUGGUUGGCAUCUGGGUUUCGGGAGCGGCACUCAUGUUGAUGGCUUGGCGCAGUGAAGCUGUACAAGUCAAUUGGUGAACCAAAUGAUCGGGAGACGGAUUCAAGACGUCAACUGUUGCAGAAAGGCGGGAAAGUAAACAAUCGAGGCCGGAGAGGUUCACGGAUUAAAGUUCAAUCAAAAGCCAUGUCGCAUGGCUUCCC